UGACUCUCGCCCGGCGAACUCAUGUGUUUUCUACGAAAAUUGUGGGAUUAAUGCUGUAUAAGAUUGAAAUUUUGGGACGAAAUGGCCGUAAAAUGCUUUCAAAAAGUGCCAAGACACCUUUUGCUAUAGUGACGAUCAAAACUGUGCCGGCACUUUGUGAUUAUAUCUGAGUUUAGCAACUAAAACGAGGUUUGUUAUUGAAGGUACGAAAAUGUCCCUAAACUUUCCUUCGUACACCGCGAACUUUGGCGGACAUCAUCAGCCGCACCAGCAUGUAAUUAAAACUUCGCAGCAGGCCGAAUAUUCGGCAAAUGCUCCUAGCAUGUUGACCGAGAUGACCAGCAAGUACACUGUGGAGGAUCCAGCAGAGAUGGGCGACUCCAAAUACUUGACAGGAGAGCUGAGCCAUGCAGUUUAUCUCGAGGGCACUGGCUCGCAAAAUAGACAAUACUCAAUGAUAUCCGAGGAGGACGAACAAAAUAAAAAUCAAAUGCGUCAAGCUGACACAAGAGCGGCCAACUCGGGCAAUAACUCUGUUAACUGGCAAGGUCUAGUCUCUCACCCUGGCAUGGCAGACUAUCUUGCCAGGCUACCGAUCAACCUGCACCACUUUUUGAAACUCUCCACGGACGGAAAUGGAACGCGGGACGGUGGACAACCACCCAAUUCGCAAACGACGACAGUGAAGAAAAAGACAUUAAAAGGUGUUCAGGGCAAGGCGCAGGUCAAACAGCAGCAACAACAGCAGUUCCGACCAAAACCUGCGAAGCCAAAAAAUUUGGAAAUCCGCCUUACGACCGCCUUGGACGGCUCUACUCUGUUUUGCUGUCCAGAAUGCCACAUGGCCUAUCCUGAGAAGGAGUCCCUUGAGAGGCACAUUCAGACACAUAAAUUGGACCGGAAGUUUGUGUGCGACAUUUGCGGGGCUGGUUUGAAGAGGAAGGACCACCUGACCAGACACAAACAGAGUCACAACGCAGAUAGGCCAUACGUGUGCACCAUAUGCAUGAAGGCCUUCAAACGCAAAGAGCACCUCAACCUUCACUUCAUCAUGCAUUCAGGAGAGAAAACACACAUAUGCCCAGAGUGCGGGAAAGGAUUUUACUGCAAGGAUCACCUGGACAGGCACAAACAGGGUCAUAACCCUGACAGGCCCUAUGUUUGCAAUAUUUGUAUGAAGGGCUUUAAAAGAAACGAGCAUCUAGCGCGGCAUUCAAUUAUCCACUCUGGUGAAAAGUCGCAAGUAUGUCAAGAGUGCGGGAAGGCAUUCUACCGGAAAGACCAUCUGCGGAAGCACCUGCGCUCUCACGUUGCCAAGAGGAUCAAAACGGAACAGAGUCCACCUCCAUCGACCAACCAACCCACGGUAGCGUCGCUGGCCGCCAUGGUAUCCAUGGGUACGACGCUGCAGAACGUCAACCUAGAUGGUGCCACGUUGUCCUUGCUGUCAGCUCCAGUGUGAUCUUUGGGGCAGCAUUAGUUGUCAUUGCGUGUACUCCCUCAGUUACUGGGUCAUGUUAUGAACGCUCUUGAUAAUUCGUAGUUAUUUUGUGAGUGUUUAACUAUAACUGCCAUCACAGACGGAUCUGUCUGAGGUUGCCAUAAUGCUUUUGAAGCAGUUCGUACACUAAUUUGAUAUAAUAACAAGACAUUUUUUCAUUUAACAAUGAGAAUAAACUCUAAAAUAAAUAAGCCUUCUAGAA